CGCCAUCACCACUGCACUUGUUCGAGAGGACGGAGAAACUACCGACACACACACAGACUGCUGCUGCUGCUGCUGAGGGACGACAUGUGGCUUCGAGACGAGAUUUUAAAAUCCAUAUGGCACGCCUUCACGGCCCUGGACGUGGAUCAACGUGGAAAAGUGUCCAAGUCUCAGUUGAAGGUGCUGUCCCACAGCCUGUGCACAGUGAUGAAGAUCCCUCAUGACCCUGUGGCCCUUGCAGAGCAUUUCAAAGAUGACGAUAAAGGACCGCUGUCCAACCAAGGCUACAUGCCUUACCUCAACAGGUUUAUCCUCGACAAGGUGCAGGAGGAAUUUGAUGUACUUGAAUUCAACAAGAUGUGCUGGACACUGUGUUACAAGAAAAAUAUCUCCACUAAACACCUACUCAUCUCAGAUGACGAUGCUUUCAAAGUCUGGUGCAUUUCCAACUUUCUGUCAGAAGACAAAUACCCACUGGUCAUGAUUACUGAGGAGAUUGAGUACUUCCUUCGAAAGCUGAUGGAGGCCAUAGGGAGUGGAUGGAGUGAGGAGAAGUUUUGCGAUUACAAGCUGCAGUUGCACUCAAAGAAUAACCGCCUGAGUGCCUGGGAGCUGAUCGAGCUGCUGGGGCUGGGUCACUUCACUAAGGGCAUGACCCGGCAGACCCUCUCCAUGGGCAUCGGGGAGGUCUUCCAGGAGCUCAUACUGGAUGUGCUCAAGCAGGGAUACAUGAUGAAAAAGGGUCACAAAAGGAAGAACUGGACCGAGCGGUGGUUUGUCCUUGGACCCAACUCACUGUCAUACUACGUCUGUGAAGACCUUGUGGAGAAGAAAGGAGACAUCAUUCUGGACCCAACCUGCUGUGUGGAGUCUCUCCCGGAUAAAGAAGGGAAGAAAUGCAUGUUCAUUAUCAAGUGCACUGAUAAAAGCUUUGAGAUCAGCGCCUCAGACAAAAAGAAAAAGCAGGAAUGGCUUCAAGCUAUCCAGACGUGCCUCCAGCUGCUGAGGUUGGGGCUGCCGUCCCCUCACCGCGAGGCCCGGCUGAGGCGCAGGGAGCUCCGGCAGAGGCAGCAGACGGAGGAGGACGACCUGGCGGAGAGGAUGAAGCAUCUGCAGGCGGCCAAUGAGAACAAACAGAGACAGCUGGAGGGAAUGAGGAAGAAAAUGGAAGAGGCUGCAGCCAGAGCAGCAGAAGAAGAGCACAGGAGGAAGCAGACGCAGUUAGACCUGCAGGAUCGUUACAGACUGGACCUGGAGAGAGAGAAAAUGGUGCGUCAGCAGAUGGAGGAGCAGGUGGCUCAGAAGUCCAGUGAGCUGGAGCAGUACCUGCUGCGCGUCCGCGAGCUGGAGGACAUGUACCGCCGCCUGGAGGAGGCCUUAGAGGACGAGAAGCAGGCCAAGCAGGACGAGGAGGCCAUGCACAAGCUGCAGGCCAGUCUGCUGGAGGAGGAGGCAGCGAAGCGGGCCGAGCUGGAGCGGUUCCACCAGCAGCAGCAGAGGGCGCUGUCGCAGACAGAGGCGGAGAAGCAGGAGCUGGUGGCCGAGCAGCGGGUCAAAGAGAGAGAGCUGCAGGCGGCCAUGCUGCAGCUGGAGAAGCUGGAGAGGGAGCGGCUCGGGGCGCUGGAGCAGUACCAGGAGGUGUCGAUGAAGCUUGAACGAGCAGCUAACAAGACAAAGACUUGGAAGGACAAGGUGGCCAAACAUGAGGGUCUGGUGCGUCUCAUCCAGCCAGGUCAUAAAGGUCCUCAGAGGAUCACUAACUGGGGUCCGGCUUCAUUCACUGAUGUUGAGCUGGAGCUGAGGAAGAAGUCGUGGCAGGAAAGGAAGAACCAGGGCGCUCCAGCUCAGUGAACACACCUCACUGAGGAGGACAGUCUAGGUCUGAUCAUGUUUAAUAACAUACACUUACUGAGCCAUCUGCAGCGAUAACAGAUUUACUGAUAUGAUUUGGCUUACUUUCUUCUGUAACAAAAAAUCUCAUCAAGCAAUUGUAGGAAGCAGUGCUCUAAAAUAAUCUGAUCAUGAAUUGAAAUAGCAGAAAAAUACAACUAAUAAGUGAAUAUUUAGUUAUUAUUUUAUGAAGAAAUACAUCCAGUUUCUUAGUUUGUGCUUUCUGACUUCCUGUGUUUUAAUUCAUUGUACUGACACGUAAUAGAGUACAGCAGUAGAUUAAUAUGUGUAUUGUUUUAUCACAUUUAAACUUGUAUGAAAAACAUAUAAUAAAACACCACCUUUUUUUUUUCAAAA